CGAAAUGUUAUAUUACGAAUUCAAAUGCCUGCAAGAACUUACCUCCCAUUGAAAAUAUUAAAUAUAUUUAAGUUAUUAUAGUUACGUGAUUUAACAAUAUAAAAUUGCAUAAUAUAAUUUAAGUAAUAAUUAUGUAUUUAUUAUAUAUCUAUUAUAGUAAUUUGAUACAAAUAUCCAAUGCAAACUUUUCUUUUGACCAUUUACCCCUAAUAUUGCAUAACUAAACGAGUUUCACUGACUUACUUCUAUUGUUGCUCAAAAAUGCACUUCCUAUCAUUUUACAAAAGAAAAAAAAAAGAAAAAUUUAGUGUACUAAAGUUUUGGUAUGCGCGAGUAAAUAGAGAUAAUAAUAUGAUAUUAUGUACUGAAUUUUCAUAACAAUAAAAGGCAUGGGUAGGCAUCUUAGUUUCUAAAAAUUCAAAGGAUUGUACUUGAAAUUGAUUAAUAAUAUAGGGCUAUUUAGUAUAAUUACCCUUUUCUUUUUUCAAAAUUCAAAUUCCCAAUUUAAAACCUUUAUUUAAAGAUAGUAGUAUUUUCCCCAAUCGGCCCCUUUCCUCUGUCUCUCCCUUCGGAAAUUGAUACCAAAGUUGUUAAUCAAUCAUUAAGGAUGGGUCGCGGAGUGAGUGCUGGGGGAGGUCAGAGCUCCUUGGGCUACCUGUUUGGUAGUGGAGAGCCUGCUAACAAUUCUCAGACUACUCGCAACGUGGAAAAGGCUCCAAGUAAUGAGCCUGCCCCAAAGCCAGCUGCUGUUUCACAACCUGUGGAUAACACCAAGAAUGUUCCAGCAGGCAUUCACAGUAGCAACACAAACAACUAUUUCCGUGCCGAUGGCCAGAACUGCGGCAACUUUCUAACGGAAAGGCGUUCAACCAAGGUCCAAGCAGCGCCUGGUGGUGGAUCUUCCUUGGGGUAUUUAUUUGGUAAUGGCAGCGGCAAGUGAUGUCACUUGACACUUGACAUCAAGCUUCAAUAGUUUGCUUUCCCUGUUAUGUUGGAAGUAUGAAUGGAUUUCAAUAACUGCAAAUUUGGAACUUAUUUCACAAUUGUAAUAGUGUCUAAGUGACACAGGAUUCAAACUGCUAUGCAAGUGCUAAACGCUGCAUUACCAUUAUAUCUGUAUCAUGGGAGUAACAACACACUUCUUAAGUUUAAUAUGUUGAAUGUGGAAAUGACAUCAUCUGAUAUAAGCAUGUUUUAUAUUUUCCA